AGUACUCUGUCAAUGCAGUAUGUCAUCGUUCACUCUUUCCUCACCUGAUCUGCAUCCGAUGGUCACCACUGCAAGGUCCACUGAGGGUAGCUCAAUGAAUACCGGGACUCUUUGUGACACGAAUGAGCCUAUGGAGGAGGUCUUCCGAAUCCGGCCCGCGGAUAGGGAUAAUAUCAACCUCGCUGACUUCGAGUCCUUGGCGGAGAUGCUAUGGUCUCCUCAGCUCAUUAUAGAACUCGAUGCGGCCAAGCUGAGCCACUUGGAUAUCCUCAGACUAACCAGAAGUUGGACUACGUUGGCACUAAGAACGGGUCUUUCAGCCCGUCAAGUGAACCUCACGUCCCUCGGCGCGAGCCUCUCGAAUCUCCACCAAGUGGAGGCCCUGCGUAGGGUGUUCGAUGAGACCGCUGCUGCUGCUGACUCGCGACGAGCUGAUCCGCCGCAAGUCAUUUGCCACACUAUCUUCAUAGCAUUUCCCGGUAUCGACCAAGUCACCAACGAGGUGGCCUCACAUUGUCUCCGCAUGGCCAAUGUAGUUGUCUUGCCUGCCAAAGACGGCUCACUCGUGACCAUCUCAAAGCCGACUCUGCGAAACCUUCAGGACAUCCCACUGUCAAUUCGUAACACAGUCAUUGGCACCAUGAAGGGAGCCUAUCCAACUGUGGUCCCACAAGCCGAAGCCUCGACCGCUGGAGGCUUUAUACAAUGCGACUCUUGCGGGAAGAUGCGUUUGGUUGAUCGAAUCGCCUUGGCGGUCUCGCAGAAAUUGCGGAGGUUCGAUUGCGGUAUGUUGGAGAAUACGCGGUGCAUGCAAGCAGAUGAGUGGAGGCCACAGUAUAGUCCCUUCGCGGGUGCUGAUGGAGUCCCUCCUGGAGCCGCCCAGAGAGUUGACUACACCAUCAAAGAGACUAAGCCAAAGACAAACGUCAGCGGAGCGAAGCUUGUGGGAAAGAGUGCAGCAGCAGCAGCAACAACCAAGCCGAGGGUGCGCUUGUCCUCAUCCUCUAUGAAGAAUGGGAACCAGAAAACUGAAAUUCCAACUGUUGAGGUUCCAGUAGUUCCUAGGCAGGAUAAUGAUGCUCUCGUUGGAGGGGGAGGUGUCUCUGAGGUCAAGAAGCGUAAGCGUAAGUCCAACACUAGGGAGGGACCAGUGAAGACUUCUGGGGAGGAUCAUCGACCUUCUGUUGCUACGACCAAGAACAACAGUGAGGCGGGGUGGUUCAGGUGCACCAGCUGCCGUAAAUGGAGGAGAGUACACAUAGAUGAUAUGCCAACCAUUGAGGGGAAGGACACUUUCGUUUGCGCUGACCUCUAUGAAGGUUCUUGUGAUAAGUCCGACGACUGGGAAGAGGCCAGACGGGAGCUGCUGUAUUGUAAUCCACGCGGGCGCUUUGGGGCUAAGCCUACCUCGGUACGGAGAGGGUCUCUGAAGGGCACCACUGAUGACCAAACAUCGACGACCGUUGUAGAGGGCCCUCCGCCUCCUCGAUUGAGAUAUGCUGCAGCCGAGUAUGAGCCGCCACCACCAAGGAAGUUGCGAAAGACUUUGAAUCCAGUCGAGGUGGACGAGGCUUUGGCCCGACUGAGUGCUGAUGAUGAAGGGAAUAUAACGACGCUUCAUAUUGCUUGCGGACCUCUGAGUGAUGAAGAUAAGCCCAGUGGAGUGGAGAUUCCUGAAGAGGUCCUCAGUGACGAGGCUUCUAUACGAACCUUCUUGCAUGCAUUGAAAAACGCAAAAAAUCUGCUGAGGUAUAUAAGAUUUCCUACUUCCCCAACAUCAUCAUUUCUGCAAGCCUUCAACCAGGAGCACCUCGAAAUGCUGGUAGACCUGCCAAUACGCUGGAGGACGAUCACACAUAUAGACUUUGGCGCACUGGAGCAAGGCAAAGGGAAAGUCCAAAUACUACGGCCUCUGCUGGGCAUGCUCUCAAAGUCGGGCCUCACGCAUAUCAAUGUUGAUCUCAGCAGUGCCACUGAAAAGGCUGUGAAGGCACUUGGAGAGAAAACAAUGAAAAAUCGAGAGAAGUAUUGGAAAGGUUUCGAGGACGAACUUGAGACAUUCACGGCAGCCACUAAACGAUUUACCCCGAAGUGGUCUUGUGAGGACCCGGCCGCUGGUGAGAAGACUGAGUAGUGCAUGUUGUUGUUAUAAUUUUUCAACGAGAUCGUCGUCGUCGUCAUCAAUCAUCGGU